AUGGCAGCAUCGCUGCGCAUGUUUAGUGGACUUGCUUUUCGAAAGAUAAUAAAACAUGAAAUAAGACGAGAUCAAAAUUUCUCACGCAUAAUUUUAAAAGCAUCUUUUUCUUACACACCCGUUUCAUAUGGUGUGUUGGAUUAUGUGAGAAAAUUGAAUCCAUUUCACCAAGGAAAGGACGUGAAGACAGAAACGCAAAAGGACACAAAUGACAAACGUCCAACUGAAUCCUUUGAGGCCAUAUUAGAUGAGAUCGAACAAGAAGGAGACGGAACUCUGGGAGUGAAAAAGCUUAAGGAUCGGGCUGAGAUCAAGAAUCACAUCUAUCAUAUUCUAGAGAAUCAUAUACAAAUACCGACGGAUGUGGGAAAAGUUGGUUGGAUGGAUGUAAAGUUGGACGAUCAAACGCUCAAAUUCGCGAUCCUAAGAGAUUGUAUGAUGGCUACCGGCAGAGUUGUUCCUAAUUUGGAACUUAAUAAUAUGAAAACAAUCGGUGAUGUCAUAAAAUUUUAUCAGGUAGAAGAGAAGGAUACGAGAAUCGGUCAUCCGGUGGCGGAGUGGUUCAUUGAAAAUAGAUAUAAAUUUCCCCCGAACAUGAAAUUUAUUCCUUAUGUAAAGGAAGUUGGAGUCAGAAGACAGGAUAGGGUGAAAAAACAGAAAAUACCGAAAAAGGUUAAAGAAAAAUUGGUCAAAGAAAAAUUAUAUAGGAAAGAGAGACUGGCCGAAAGAAGAAAAUUAAAACUUUAG